GAGCCAAUCAAAUCAACAUCAGCUAGCUCAGUGACUGAACUAGCAAGCGUUCUAUCAGGAAUUAGUUGCCAUCAUUAUACAACUGCGUGUCGACGUGUGCACUUUGGCACCUCCAUAUCCAUAGUUCUUUUUAGCACGCACGAUGUAGACGAGAUUAUAAAGAGAACAACCUAUGUCUGAUGUGCGAAGCUUCUUGUUUCUUUUCGUAAAAGGAACAUUGUUAUCUAUCUCCUUGUUUUCGAAAGCAGGGGACGCUCUGGACGACGGCCACUAACUACAACAAAAUCUGGUAUCCGCGAAGCCGCUUGAUCGAUCCAUCGACCUCGGAGGACAUAGCGGGCUACAGGUACAGCUACAAGUCAAAGACGAGAAAGUAGAGCAGGCAGUGGUGCGGUUGCCGGUUGGAAAACUAGAGCCACAGCUUCGUCCCACCUCUGUUGAAGCCACCCACGCUGCUACACAGGAGCGAUCGAUAAUGGAGGAAACUUUUGUGCAGCCGAUCCUUGGGAUCGAUAUCGGGUCAUCUUCGUGCAAGGUGGCUUUCAUCUCGGAGAAAGGUAUGAACAAUCUUUCAUCCUCGAGCCAGCACUGGUUGAGAAGACGAAUUACUUGCUCUCUGGUGGCUUCAUUCACCGGCGAAUUUAUAGUAUCAAACACAAACUUGUACGUGGUGCUCGUCCUUAUCUACUUGGUUCAUCUUGUUGGUCAUUGAUGAUUCAUCUCCUCAGGCACGACGGUCGAGAUUGUACAGAAUGAAGUGAACAGUCGGGUGACUCCGACAGUCGUCGGCUUCACACGAAAGCAGCGCUUAGAGGGUGAUGGAGCGCAGAGCCUGAUCAAGAGUAACAUGAAAAACAGCGUAAGAAAUUUCAAGCAUUUACUCGGGAGACAACGCGAUGACGCGGCAUUAAAAGACGAGGAGUUUUGGUCCCUCUGCCCAUUCCGGUACACCGAAGGUGGGAGCAGUAGUAGCAGCGGACCGCAGUCUUUGGGGAGUAAGUACAAAACUGUCGGGUUUGAAGUCAGCUACUUGGGCGAGAAAACAAGCUACACAGCUAUGCAGAUAGUGGGCAUGUUGCUCGUAAAAAUACGCAAAAUUGCAAUCAAGUGGUGCAAUUUCUAUGCAGGAGCAGAAAACGCUGGAGACUCUAGUACUAUCUCCUUGAUUGGAAAGAGUCGGUGUCGUAUCUGGCAAUGAUGUAGUCAACAGGAAAUCAAGAUCAACAUUGUGAUUGUUUUUUCUCCUUAUGAUCUUUUACUACUACUACAACUACACGACGCCUGACAAGUUUUUUUUUCUUCUUUCUUAGAUGGGCUCACGGACGACAAGAAGCUUAAUGUUGUAAUAAGCUGCCCCGCGUAUUACGAUGACUUUUGUCGACGGUCACUUCUGGACGCGGCAUCGCUCGCGGGAAUGCAAGUGUUGAGGAUAAUAACAGAUGGAGCGGCUGUAGCGGUCAGUUACGGACCAUACCGGUAUAUAUUUUGAAUUCCUUUGAUGAGGCUUCAUCUUCAUGUGUUUCAACUAAACCACGUCGAAAGAUUAACGCAUCUGAAGUUACUACGAGUUUUCUUACGUACCUAAACAAGAAAACAACAAGUAGAAGGUCAAGGUAGAAGAUUGUUCUCGAUAACGACAACAGGGUCGAAGAGCUGACUAAGGAGCAAACCCAUGUGGCAUUCUGUCAGUGCGGUCACUCAGCGUCGUCUGUCGCGAUAGCGCGAUUUACCAAAGACGGGUUGCAGUUGGUGUCCGAAACCUGUGGAAAAUUUGGCGCGCGCGAUUUCGAUCUUGUCAUCAUGAAGUACUUCGCGGCAGAGUUUAAAGAAAAGAACAAGCUAGAUCCAUUAGAGAACAAGAAAUCCGUUCUGAAGUUAGAGGAGGCGGUGCAGAAAACCAAGAAAAUCCUGAGCAGCAACGACGAGGCCCCGGUGAACGUCGAGUGCUUGUUAGAAGACUACGACAUUUCGAGUAAGAUCUCGCGAGAGAAGUUCGAAGAGCUGUGUGAGCCGUACAAGCAGCAACUGCGAACUCUGAUAGCGGACUGCCUUACGCGCGCAUGUCUGGACGCAUCGCAAAUCGAUACAGUGGAAAUUAUCGGAGGCACCAGUCGCGUCCAAUGGGUCCAAAGGAUCUGCGAGGAGUGCUUCCAGAAACCUACAUUAGGACGCACAUUGAACGCGGAUGAGGCUGUCGUGCGGGGAUGUGCGCUGCAAGCAGCCAUAUACUCGCCACUUUACCGCGUGCGUGACUACAACGUACUUCCUAGGAUGUAACUUUUUCAUGUGAUGGCUGUUGCCAAAGUACUUGUCGUUCUUCACAACGGAUGGGAACACGAAAACAGUCAUGACCACAAGAAAAACGAGGAUACAGAAGUACAACAGCACCUGCACAUCUACAAAGUAUAAGUGUUUAGGCACUUGCAAAAAUUAUGAAUUUUUUAUGUCAUGAUCCAGGUCUGGCUUUAUUCGCAACGUGGAGUGAGUGUCACCUGGGACGACGACGAUGGACCUCGUACGCAGGAGGUUUUUCCCGCACAAAGUCCGCUGAAUUUAGUGAAGGUUUUGGCGCUUUACCGCCCAACGACUUUCAAUGUCACAGCUUUCUAUAGUGACGAGCCUCAGGCAGUUAUCGCGUCGUAUCGGGUAGAGGUGGACAAUCCAUCAAGAGCGAAGGUGCAGCUCAAAGUCAAGCUUGAUGUGCACGGCCUCUUUGGCGUAGAUGGGUGCAGGCUUGUGGACGAAAGGUAUAACUCGGAUUUUUUAUAUUCUUGAGGCAUCUACAUUGCUUGAUUUAUCACUGUGGGGAUGUUUCUCUACUUUGUUUUUCAAGGGUGUCCUACAUAAGGAGUGGUAAUUUAGAACACCAAAAAUUAUACAGCAAUGCGGACAAAGGAGGCAAGGCACUGAAGUUCGCGACAAUCGGUGCACCCGGGUGCACCCCGGAAGAACUCCAAGGUACUGCUACGAUUUCAUUUUCAUCCCUUUGAUUUAUCUGUUUAUACAUGUGAUCCAGUGCGAACGGAUUUGACUCAUUUUUGACAAUCAGAAAUUCAUUGUCCUCUUUUAAAGAGAUUCAGAUUGAGUAAUAAGAUUUUCAUAUCUCACAACAAUUUCCUCAAAUCCUCGAUCUGUCUUUCUUUUGAAAAAAACCCAGCCUUGCAGAGGAUGGAACUUCAGUUUCAGGAGCAGGGCGCCAUUGUACAGCGUCUUGAGAAUUUGCGCAACGACGUUGAGACCGAAGUGUACCGCCAGAGGAGUGCGGUACAGACGUCGGCACAGUUCGCGAAACUUUCUGCUGGAGACAAGUCUACACAUUUAGACCUCCUGCAGUCUACUGAGGAUUGGAUCUACGACAUGCAAGAUGAAUUAACAGAGGACUCCCUCAACGAAAAAGUGGCAAUCGUCAAAGAAAAAUACGCAUUGCUAGAGCAGAAAGUCAAGUAAGAAAACCUGGGUGGACGAACUGGCGACUUCGACUUGCGAUGGUGUUCUUGCACACCUAGGUUUCGAUGCUAUCUCGAUCGCCUUCCCUAUUUCGCCUUCGCACUCCUUGGUUGCGGGUUGCAGCUUACAAUUUUAAUUGUUGGCUCGAGCGUGGGCGGCUUUCGCUAUGGACCACGAGCACAACAACAGCCUUCAGUGUAACCACCAAAUACAUCUACAUACAAACCACGUGCAGGGACCAUUCCUCAAGCUCGCUAGACCGAUAAGCGCAUGCGUGACGAUAUCUUGGGUGCAUGCCUCGGAUUCACCAGUAGACCUAGUCCUCACUCCUCACGACCUGUAUCGCACGCUACGCCCACAUUUUUACAUUCAUGUGUUGGACUCGAAAUUUUAGACAUUGAUUCACUCUUUCCCGUUCCUCCCAUCAUACAGCUCAAUGUAGUCGCCCGAUGCUCUAAGCCGGCCCCUUCUCUUUCUGAUAGCGCCCGGUCCUUAUAGAAAACCAUGGAAGUUGUACUAUGUAUUCUACACUCAGAUUCCUUCGUUUUAUUCUUGAUACUCUGCUGAUGUCUUAUUUCAUCAAGUUAUACUGACUUUCUGAUUCUGAAUCAGGUUUUCUUUCUUGCUCGACGAUCAGUCUAGAUAUGGGUGUUCAGUCGUGCGGACGGUGAAAUGAUAAAGGUCAAAUUCUGGAGGUGCUAAAUUACUAUCCUGGAAAAUCUUCAAAAUAGAAUGUCGCUUCUCACUAUCCUUUCUCUGUUUGAUCAUUUCCAUCUGCAUUGAUGCGAGGACGCUGUGAACAAUGAUGAGGUGUGUGCUUCAAUGAAAUUCUCUCGACCGAGGAACACUGCGACAGCGAAUACAAAUGCACUGACCCCCCGAUGAAGUCACUUCUAAUUCGAGAGGUACAAGUACAUCAUAGACAUCAUCAAACAUCACUCAGAACAACAGGAGUCAAAAAGAGCGACUACGAAGCUGGGC